AUGUCGAAACAUUUACUCUACUGUCCUUGCUCAGUCAGUAACUUCCUAGACAAGUCUAAACAUUUGCUCUACUGUCCUUGCUCAGUCAGUAACUUCCUAGACAAGUCGAAACAUUUGCUCUACUGUCCUUGCUCAGUCAGCAACUUCCUAGACAAGUCGAAACAUUUGCUCUACUGUCCUUGCUCAGUCAGUAACUUCCUAGACAAGUAG